AUGAGUGAAGCUCCAGCCCAGAAAGGGCUUGCAGGUAAGCUGGACAAGAAGCGCAAGCGCCAAACCGAGGAUUCUACCAAGCAAGACAAGCCCGAAGCAGCAUCCGCAGCAGCUCCUGCAGAUGGUUCGAAGAAAAAGAAGCGCAAGAAGGCCCAGAAGAACAAGGGUCAAGACGACCAAGAUGUGGAGGAUGAUGACCGCAAGGAUGGCAUCGACGAGUCGAUUGGAAAGAUGGAUGGAGGGCUUCUGGCCGACUACUUGGCCAAGCGGGCCCAGAAGCUGGAUAAAGAGCUUUCUGCAGUUGAAUUAGACGAUCUGUCGGUUCCAGGCUCCGCUUUCCUUGAUACAACUUCGUUCGCCGAGCCCCGAUCAUUAGACAAGCUUCCUGAGUUCCUCAAGGCUUUCAGCCCUAAGAAUGCCGAUCUCUCCAAGGCCUCAGAACAUAAUGGCACUCCGCAUACAUUAGUGAUCUCUGCUGCUGCGCUUCGAGCGGCAGAUGUUGUUAGGGCACUCCGACCUUUCCAUACCAAGACAUCAAUUGUUGGAAAGCUGUUUGCAAAGCACAUCAAGCUAGCAGAGGCAAAGCAGUUCCUCGAACGCGCACGUACUGGUAUUAGUGCCGGAACUCCUCAACGGGUGUUUGAUCUAAUUGAAUCUGGAGCACUGAAAGUGAAUGAGCUACAACGUAUUGUUAUUGAUGGCUCGUACAUCGAUACAAAAAAGCGCGGAAUAUUCGACAUGAAGGAGGUGCACUUCCCUCUUCUCAAGCUCCUCAAUCGUCCCGAGCUUAGUGAUCGCUACAGUGGAAAAGACAAGGUGCAAAUCUUGGUGUUCUGA